UUAUAACGCUAGAAAGCUGCUUUUAGCUUUCCUUUGGCGAAAACUCUCUCAACGAUAAAAUCCUGCGUUUGAUUAAUCUGCAGCAGCAAUAAUAAAACCUCCAAACAUCUUUCUGUCUCUAUUUCUCUUUACUACGGUUACGUUUUUUUGUAGUAGUACUAGUUGUAGGCUCUUUCAGUGAUCAGAAAUGGGCCAACAAUCGUUGAUCUACAGCUUCGUGGCUCGUGGAACCGUCAUACUAGCCGAGUACACCGAGUUCACCGGAAACUUCACCAGCAUAGCUGCUCAGUGUCUCCAGAAACUUCCUGCUAGCAACAAUAAAUUCACUUACAACUGCGAUGGCCAUACUUUUAACUACCUCGUCGAUGAUGGCUUCACUUACUGUGUGGUUGCAGUUGAAUCUGUUGGACGACAGCUUCCAAUUGCUUUCCUUGAGCGUGUAAAAGAGGAUUUUACCAAGAAAUAUGCUGGAGGAAAAGCUGCAACAGCAGUUUCUAACAGUUUGAACAAGGAGUUUGGGCCCAAAUUGAAGGAGCAGAUGCAAUAUUGUGUCGAUCAUCCUCAGGAAAUCAGCAAGCUGGCUAAAGUGAAGGCACAGGUUUCAGAAGUGAAAGGUGUUAUGAUGGAAAACAUAGAGAAGGUUCUUGACCGGGGGGAGAAAAUUGAGCUUCUGGUGGAUAAGACAGAGAAUCUUCGAUCACAGGCACAGGAUUUCAGGCAGCAGGGAACAAAGAUGAGAAGGAAGAUGUGGUUGCAAAACAUGAAGAUAAAACUGAUAGUUUUGGGAAUCAUAAUUGCCUUGAUUCUCAUCAUAGUAUUGUCCAUUUGUGGUGGCUUCAAAUGUUGAUGGAGACCUUGCUUUCAACUGGGCUUGGUCUUCCUUUGUCUAAAAGUUUUCUCUAUGGCAGUUUUCCUCUAGAUUUUUGUAGUUUAUUUCCAACUAUAGCAUAUAUCAUGAGACAGUGCUUGUAUAGUUCGUAUUUUUGAAUUCAUUUGACAUGGGAUCUUCUGUGUGUAA